AUGAGAUUAUUUUUAUUACUUAUUUCUUUAAUUUUCUUAGCUGUUCAAAGAACUGUUGCUUUCUCGGGUAUUGAUAUUAGUCAGGCUGCAUCUGUUGGAUUUUUCCAAUGUGCUAAAAAUGCUGGUUUUGACUUUGCCAUUGUUAGAGGUUAUUGCAGCACUGGUGAAAUUGAUCCAAAUGGAGCUCAAUCAAUUAUAAAUGCUCGUGAUGCUGGUGUUGAAUAUGUUGACUCAUAUUUAUUCCCAUGCUCAUCAUGUGGUAAUGGUGCUGGUCAAGCUGUUUCAUUAGUAAAUCAUUUAAAGGACACAGGUGCUAACUUUGGUAUGAUCUGGUUAGAUAUUGAGGGUCCAGGUUUAUAUUGGGGCGAUGACCAAGGUGCCAAUCAAGCUUUCUUUAACGAAUUAAUCAGUGGUCUUGAAUCAGUUGGUGCUCAUAUUGGUAUCUAUACCUCUGAAUCACAAUGGAUCCCAAUCAUGGGUGACUGGGCAGGUGGUGCUAGCUAUCCACUCUGGUAUGCUCAUUAUGAUGGUAACCCAAGUUUCUCAGAUUUCUCACCAUUUGCUGGUUGGUCAAGCCCAGCUAUUAAACAAUACAACGAUCAAGGUCUUAACUGUGGUGUUGGUGCUGAUCUUAACUGGUAUCCAUAA